GGUAUUAAGCACCUUUGACCUCCAGCACUGUCAACAGUAAGCUGCUCACUGAGUUGCCAGUGCGGCCAAAUCCACCAGCAGCAACCGGUUUGUCACGUGACUAGCGUGCAGCGCUGCCUGCCUAUGUGUGUGUGUGUGUAUGUGGCUUUAUUUCCGUGUUCACAGGAGGGCGAGCUGAGCUGAAUGAGUUUUCACGGCGGCUGUGUGUCUGUCUUUCACGCCGCGAAACUGCGUCUCAGUGCGGGGAUCUGUCGGGCGGGGGAAAACUCGCUCAUUCGCAUCUCCUGGACCCACGCUGCUGCAGGACCAUGCUCACGCGGGUGAAAUCGGCAGUGGCCAAUUUUAUGGGAGGUAUGGUGGCUGGUGGCCCCAACGGUGAUCAUCCCGGCGGCUCGGAUCUGCCGCUGAAAUUCCCGUACAGCAGACCGCAGUUCCUGGGACUUUCGCCGGACGAGGUCGAGUGCUCGGCGGAUCACAUUGCGAGACCGAUCCUCAUAGUGAAGGAGACCAAGCGGCUGCCGUGGUCCACCGGCUACGCAGAGGUGAUCAACGCAGGAAAGAGCACUUUAAAUGAGGACCAGGCUUGUUGCGAGGUGCUGGUACUCAAAAGGAGACCUGCAGGAAGCUCUGCGCCCAACAGGACCCCCAUGACCCGCAGGAGGUCUUCCCUGCCCAAUGGAGAGGGUUUAGGCCUCCGGGAGUGCCUGGACAGCUCUGAAGACCUAACCUUGCACUAUUGGGCGUUGUUUGAUGGCCACGCUGGCUCUGGGGUGGCUGUUGUGGCUUCCCACCUUCUGCAUCACCACAUCGCACUGCACCUUCAGGAAGUGAUGGAGAUCAUCUGCACUCCAAACCUGGUGCCCCCCACAUGCCUUGGGGAGGAGCCUAUCAAUCACCACCUCACCCCGACAUCCCAACGCGCCCUCACCAGGGCCGCCUCGCUCCGUGGUGCCGCAGGGGCUCCGGGUUCUCCCAGCACCCCACCUAUGCGCUUCUUUACUGAAAAGAAAGUUUCACAGGAGAGCCUGGUGAUUGGAGCCAUCGAAAACGCUUUCAAAGACAUGGUAAGAGGCAUGUGCUUGGUAUGAAGUAGAAAUCUGAAAGUUGUCAUUAAAUAAGGUGCCGACCUUUUGGCAGAUAAGAUCUUGGAUCACCUGUCUGAUGUGCAAUGAAUAUUCAAUACACACCAUUCAAAUUACAGAACUUAAAUAAAUGUUUUCUCGCUGCUCCUAA